GCGCAGUUGAGCCCCCGACGUUCUCUUCUUGCGAGCUCCUGAGGCCACUGACAGGCCUUGUUCUCCGGCAGUGGUGGCACCGCUGCCGCUGACCUGCCUUGGGAGUAGGGUGUCGCAGCUUCAGUCCCAGCUAUAGUGUUUGGUAAACUGAAGCCCCAGAGUGCCCGGAGCUUGCAAUUUCUCGCCAGUCCCGGCGAGCCCGGGCCGCGAAGGGAGCUGACGGAGGAUGGCAGCCUCCGGGGUGGAGAAGAACAGCAAGAAGAAGACUGAGAAGAAACUUGCUGCUCGCGAAGAAGCUAAAUUGUUGGCAGGUUUCAUGGGCGUUAUGAAUAACAUGCGGAAACAGAAAACACUGUGUGAUGUGAUCCUUAUGGUCCAGGAAAGAAAGAUACCUGCUCAUCGUGUUGUUCUUGCUGCAGCCAGUCAUUUUUUUAACUUAAUGUUCACAACUAACAUGCUUGAAUCAAAGUCCUUUGAAGUAGAACUCAAAGAUGCUGAGCCUGACAUUAUUGAACAACUUGUGGAAUUUGCUUAUACUGCUAGAAUUUCUGUGAAUAGCAACAAUGUUCAGUCUUUGUUAGAUGCAGCAAACCAGUACCAGAUUGAACCUGUGAAGAAAAUGUGUGUUGAUUUUUUGAAAGAACAAGUUGAUGCCUCAAAUUGUCUUGGUAUAAGUGUGCUAGCAGAGUGUCUGGACUGUCCUGAAUUGAAAGCAACUGCAGAUGACUUUAUCCAUCAGCAUUUUACUGAAGUUUACAAAACGGAUGAAUUUCUGCAACUUGAUGUGAAGCGAGUCACGCAUCUUCUCAACCAGGAUACUCUAACUGUGAGAGCUGAGGAUCAGGUUUAUGAUGCUGCAGUCAGGUGGUUGAAAUAUGAUGAACCUAAUCGCCAGCCAUUUAUGGUUGAUAUACUUGCUAAAGUCAGGUUUCCUCUUAUAUCAAAGAAUUUUUUAAGUAAAACAGUACAAGCUGAACCACUUAUUCAAGACAAUCCUGAAUGCCUUAAGAUGGUGAUAAGUGGAAUGCGAUAUCAUCUGCUGUCUCCAGAGGAUAGAGAAGAACUGGUAGAAGGCACAAGGCCUAGGAGAAAGAAACACGACUACCGCAUAGCCCUAUUUGGAGGCUCCCAACCACAGUCCUGUAGAUAUUUUAACCCAAAGGACUAUAGCUGGACUGACAUCCGCUGCCCCUUCGAAAAACGAAGAGAUGCAGCAUGCGUGUUUUGGGAUAAUGUCGUAUACAUUUUAGGAGGCUCUCAGCUUUUCCCUAUAAAACGAAUGGACUGCUAUAAUGUUGUAAAGGAUAGCUGGUAUUCCAAAUUGGGCCCUCCAACACCUCGAGACAGCCUUGCUGCUUGCGCUGCAGAAGGCAAAAUUUAUACCUCUGGAGGUUCCGAAGUUGGAAACUCUGCUCUAUAUUUAUUUGAGUGCUAUGAUACAAGAACUGAAAGCUGGCACACAAAACCCAGCAUGCUGACUCAGCGCUGUAGCCAUGGGAUGGUAGAAGCCAAUGGCCUCAUCUAUGUUUGUGGUGGAAGUUUAGGAAACAAUGUUUCUGGACGAGUGCUGAAUUCCUGUGAAGUUUAUGAUCCUGCCACAGAAACGUGGACUGAGCUGUGCCCAAUGAUUGAAGCCAGAAAGAAUCAUGGACUGGUAUUUGUAAAAGACAAGAUAUUUGCUGUGGGUGGUCAGAAUGGUUUAGGUGGUCUGGACAAUGUGGAGUAUUAUGAUAUUAAAUUAAAUGAAUGGAAGAUGGUCUCACCAAUGCCAUGGAAGGGUGUAACAGUGAAGUGUGCAGCAGUUGGCUCAAUAGUUUAUGUCUUGGCUGGUUUUCAAGGUGUGGGUCGAUUAGGACAUAUCCUUGAAUAUAAUACUGAAACAGACAAAUGGAUCGCCAACUCAAAAGUCCGAGCUUUUCCAGUAACAAGCUGUUUGAUUUGUGUUGUUGAUACUUGUGGAGCAAAUGAAGAAACCCUUGAAACAUGAAAAGUGAGUAGACUUCGAAGACUCAUCAGAGACUCAAAAAUAUAGCCACCAGUGCUUUGUUCCAAGAAUUUGUCUUUUGUUUUUUUUUUUUUGGAAGGAUGUUUCAAGUAAAAUGAGAAAUAGAUGUUUCUUUUAUAUGUAUUUCCUUAUUUAAUUUGAAGUAUGUGAAGACUUUAUUUCACCUGGUCAUGUAACCAAAAAUACAUGGAUCAAGUACACUUGAAAAUUUAUAGGCAUUUGGUGAAAAUAUAAAUUAUUGAAUGAAUUUCACAUUUCUAACUAUGAUUAUGGAAGAGUGGGAGAUUGGCUCAUCAGCAAAGGAGCCUCAUCUUAGCUCUAGAUUCUAUUUUUCAUACAUAAUAAAAGUGCUAUGUAGUUAGGUCUGUAUGUUUCUGCUCAGCCAAGAACCAAGAAAUAGUAUGAAUUAUUAGUCAAAACAGUUCCUAUCAGUUGUCCUGAUAAGAACAACUUUAGUCUCACGUAAUUUUGUUUCUUUCAAUUUUGUUCCACUCAGUACCAAAUAUAUUCCAUUUACAAAAAAAACAAAGUGAGUCAAAGCAUAUAUACACUUUCUCACAAAACUUCAUAACCACAUUUUGGGACUUAAUAAUAUUCUCUGUUCUUCAUGAAAUAUAGUCAACCCAACUAAAUAUAUUCUCCAUCUUUUUAAUACAAAGUGUCAAGCUUAGCACCCAUUUUAUUGUUUUACCCAACGACUAAAAAAUAAUUAUGCCUCUUCAAUCCUCACCAUUAAGUAAAAUCCAAUCAUAAUAAGGACAAUGAACUAUCAAAAAAAUUAAACUAUUUAUAGUAAAUUUCUAGGUAAUGAGCACUAGUAGUUAUAUAAUAUCAAUAUUGACUUUGAACUUCUUAUGAAUUAAAAAAGUACAUAAUUUCCUUAGCAGGACAUAUCAGAGAUACUUGACCCAGUUGUCACUAAAAGUUAUGUAAUAAUUUGGUGUAUAUAUGCCAUCUUGUAUUUGUUGCUUUUAUGUGGUCAAUAAAUCUUUUACAAAUCCAAAUAUUCAUUUCUUUCCUGCUAAUAGUUUGUCCUUUUACAGUAAGGAAUGUAUGGAAUGAGUAUGUAAAGCUGUCAUAUAUCUGAUAUUAUUAAAUAUUUUUUAACUUAAA